AUGGAUGAAACUGCAUCAAAGCGUCGAAAGCUCCGCUCCUCUACAAGGAAUGCCUUGAAUAUUGAUGAUUCAAAAGUUAAACUGGAAGAGAGGAGUCUGUCGACACAAACAACUUUCUACAAGAGUGAGCUUCUAGAUAUGAAAGUUGAGCCUGUUAUUUCUGUAUGUCUGGAAAGUCCUGAAACCAAUGCCACAACUGAGAAAGAAAAGGGUGCCAGUGGUUUUACUAAGAUGAAGCCAGAACUAAUAACUUUCCUUUCGAUAUCUGAAUCAAUAAUCCUAUCGAUAUUUAGUUACAUCAAUCAAAUCGACACUAUAAACAUUAGACUAGUUAACAAGGAGCUUUAUCGACUUGGCUCAAUCAAAUUGUUUAAUUCGAUUUUUGUUUACUUGCCGGAAGAUAAUUCGAUUACAGUAGUGGGUAUUUCCAAGAGUAAAAAUGUAUAUUUGCCUUUUCAAACUCAAUAUACAAUUGUUAAUGGAUUUAAUGAUUUCAAUAAAGUCUUGGGUAAGUCGCAAUUGAGUUUAGUGAAGAAUGUUCUUCUUCGGAUAAAAAAUCCAAAUAGUCAUUCUGAUUACGUCUAUACUUACUUGACUGAGAAGUGUCCCUGGAUAACGGUGGAUGUGGAAAUGUUUGAUUCAACCAUGUUUCAGAAACAAUUUGCCAGACUUGAUAAGAUAUCACAACUUCGAGUCCACAAUAAAUUCCAAUUUAGCACUAAUAUCUCGGAUAACUUUACGAUCAAGCAACUACACAUUAAAGGUUCUGAGAAGAUUGAUUCCGAUCCAUUGCGUCUCAUUCCUCAUCUCAAAGCCCUAAAUACACUUUGUAUAUGUUCCAAUGUCAAGAAUGUCCUUCUGCAAUUCAAGCAUCGGAAAAUCUCCAAAUUGAAAAUAAAACACUUGGGGUUUCAUGUACCGCAGUUGCCAAUUAGGAAAAUGGGCGAUGUGUUUAUCUUGAGCGAUAUUACUUCUCUUGAGCUUAUCUUUGACAAUAAUAUAACCCCGUAUCUGGAUUUACAUUGGCUCUCUUUGAAUGCGACUAACCUUCGAAGUAUUGGAAUCACAUGGUCCAAUGCGUCAUUUAGGAAAAUUAUGGAAAUGUUUUGGGGGCAUAAAUUAUACCAGAUUAAAUUACAUACUACUAGCGAAGAAAAGAAGAACUUUACUGCCCAGGAGAUUAAAACUAUUAUAGAAGGCCAUAAACAGUCAGUGCUCUAUGUGGCUGUGACCGCUGGAGCUGAAUUUUCUUCAACUGCAUGGGAAUCAAAUAGGAUACAUCAACGGACAAAAGCAGCUGCAGUUAACACAGGCUCCUAUAGUAAAAAAUGGAGAGAUAAUUUCCCAAGGGAAAGAUAUCCAAAUCUCAAGUUUAUCCGAAUUAAUAAUGACGUUAACUUGCUUUAA